CAGGCAACAAUUUUAAAUAGUUGGACUCUUCUUUUAGCCCAUAGAGCGUCUGCACACCAAUGUCAGUCUUCAGUGACCAGUAGCGCGCAAAGUGGGGUCUCUCAACAAGAGCUGUGAAGAACUAACAAUUCCAGUGGAUGCACUUUAAGUGAACUUUUUUUGUUAACCUGACGAUUCCCUGCGCUUUCUGGAUCGUGGUAUGGCAGAAAAAAGGAGAUCGCCGUGUACAAUGAGCUUGAAGGCUCACGCAUUUUCAGUGGAAGCCCUCAUUGGGGCGGAAAAGAAGAGAAAGUUGGAAGAGGAUGGUGAAAACUGCUUCGAGGAGGUCACUGAAUUAUCGAAUCAAAAUGAGAGUCCGAGGCACAGGGCGGACAGGACUUGCGCCAGCAACCGAAGUUGCGAGAUAGAAUGUGCGAGUGAAGGAUCCCCAGACUGUGACGACGUGUUGUUGGAAAGCCCUCGGCCUUCCUCUCAGUCGGCAGCUCCUCUCAUUGCCUCUCAGCCGGGGUCGGGGCCUGCAGAAGAGAUGCGCGUGGACCUUCAGGGAUCAGACUUGUGGAAACGAUUCCACGAAAUCGGCACAGAGAUGAUCAUCACUAAAGCUGGAAGGCGGAUGUUCCCUGCGAUGCGCGUGAAGAUAUCUGGUUUAGAUCCUCAUCAGCAGUAUUAUAUCGCAAUGGACAUCAUCCCCGUCGACAACAAACGUUACAGAUACGUGUACCACAGUUCGAAGUGGAUGGUCGCUGGAAACGCAGACUCCCCUGUACCACCGAGAGUCUACAUCCACCCCGAUUCCCCAGCCUCUGGAGAAACGUGGAUGCGACAGGUCAUAAGUUUCGACAAACUGAAGCUCACCAACAACGAGCUGGACGACCAAGGGCACAUAAUUCUACAUUCUAUGCACAAGUACCAGCCAAGGGUGCAUAUUAUCCGAAAAGAGUGCGGGGAGGACCUCUCUCCCGUGAAGGCCAUCCCAGUCGGAGACGGAGUAAAGGCUUUCUCCUUUCCAGAAACCGUUUUUACUACCGUCACAGCAUACCAGAAUCAACAGAUCACAAGAUUAAAAAUAGACCGAAAUCCAUUUGCAAAAGGAUUUCGAGACUCUGGAAGAAAUAGAAUGGGACUGGAAGCUUUAGUGGAGUCCUAUGCAUUCUGGAGACCCUCUCUAAGAACGUUGACAUUUGAAGACAUCCCUGGAAUGGCUAAGCAAGGAGGUCCUGGAUCACAUGGGCUCCUGCCGUCAGCUUCGAACGGGGUGUCGUCAGCUCACACGCAUCUCCUGUCCUCGUCCCCCUGCUCCUCCCCUGCCUUUCACCUGGGUCCCAACGGAGGCCAGCUGUGCAACCUCAGCCCGGCAGAGUACACCGCAUGCAGCCGCUCCGGCCUGGCCCUUAACCGUUACGGAAACUCCCUCGCCGAGACCUACAGCCGGUUGGCCAGCCCCUCUAGCGAGGCCUUCCCGACCCCCCGGACUGCCUCCUACGUCGGGGUCAGCGGGACCAACGUGUCUGUGGCGGCCGGCGAUGGGGAAGCCUUCAGCUGCCCACAGACUGGCCUUCCCAUUCAGAUACCAGGCAUGCCGUCCCCUCAGCUCCAAUACAUCAUGCCAAGUCCGCCCGGAAAUGCCUUCUCAGCCAAUCAGAGCCACCAGGGAACAUACAACAGCUUCCGGCUUCACAGCCCCUACGGUUUAUAUGGAUACAACUUCUCCACGUCUCCGCGGCUGGCUGCCAGCCCUGAGAAGAUCGUCUCCUCCCAGGGCACUUUUCUAGGCUCCUCCCCCAGCGGAACCAUGACUGACAGGCAGAUGCUCUCUCCUGUGGAGGGUUUGCACAUGCUCAGUGGGGCACAGCAGAACCUCUUUGACUCCAGGACUUUGGGUUUGGGGAGCCUGACCAGCGCGACAUCCUCUCAAGUCUCCGCCCACAUGGUUUGAGCACGGUUUCCGCUCUGUAGUUGUGUUGGUAUGUUUUCUUUUGGUUGUUAAUUUUGUUUUUUGUUUUGUUUUUUUUUGUUUUUUUGGUUAAAGGACUGUAGUGAUACUUCAAGUAUCGAUUUCAAAGUCAGCUUUCUGAAAAGACUGGUGACGCCCUGCUUUCAGUGGUUGUCAGGGGACUGGGCACAAGCUGGAGCUGCAUAGUGCUCAGUGCAGGGAUUCCCAAGGCAAGGCUUGUG